CGCCGGCAGCCGUAGCUCCCGCAGCUCCAGGCUCUGUGUGGCUGUAGGAGGAGUUUGAGGACACCUCCCCCUUUGAGGCACUGCCUCCAGAUUCCCCGUCCGAGGCACCCCCCCAGCUGCCAGCAUGUCCAGCAAGCGUGCCAAGGCCAAGACCACCAAGAAGCGCCCGCAGCGCGCCACCUCCAACGUCUUCGCCAUGUUCGACCAGUCGCAGAUCCAGGAGUUCAAGGAGGCCUUCAACAUGAUCGACCAGAACAGGGAUGGCUUCAUCGACAAGGAGGACCUGCACGACAUGCUGGCCUCCCUGGGGAAGAACCCCACGGAUGAGUACCUGGAGGGCAUGAUGAGCGAGGCGCCAGGGCCCAUCAACUUCACCAUGUUCCUCACCAUGUUUGGGGAGAAGCUGAAUGGCACCGACCCGGAGGACGUCAUCCGCAAUGCCUUCGCCUGCUUCGAUGAGGAGGCCUCAGGCUUCAUACACGAGGACCACCUGCGGGAGCUGCUGACCACCAUGGGGGACAGGUUCACGGACGAGGAGGUGGAUGAGAUGUACAGGGAGGCUCCCAUCGACAAGAAGGGCAACUUCAACUAUGUGGAGUUCACUCGCAUCCUGAAGCACGGCGCCAAGGACAAGGACGAUUAGAGCCUGACAGAGCCUGCCCCUGCCUGCUGCCCCCUGCCUGCUGCCCCCUGCCCCUCUGCCCCCACAGCAGGCUCCCCCCCAGUCAAACACUUCCCAGGAGCAGCACCCCACAUAGGGUCACACUCCUGUCACCAAGUGCACAUCCAUCAGCCCCAGACCUCCCCUCACCCCACUGGGACCACCAGCCUGGCCUAGCAGCCUAGCCUAGCAGCCAUUGUCACCCUUGAAGCCACUGUGCUGCUGCUGGACCCUGGGGCCAAGGUGAGCAUCCCAGGGCAGUGCUGGCUCAGACCUGAGCAGUCCCCACCUGAUGGCCACAGCACAGAGAAAGGAUCUGUCCCCUCCUCCUGCACUCCCUUCCUUCCUCAGAGGACCCCCACUUUUCUACCCUCUCCCUGGCUGUCUCCUGGCUUUAGGGGGUGUGAUGUGAGGGCCUGGAGAAGCAGAGGAGUGCAUAAAGCCUGGCAGGUGUGAUCUGGAGCUGUGCUGUCUGUGGCUGCCUCCCAGCCCCGUGCUGUGCCACGCUGCCAGCCUGCUGGGUUUGGGCACCACACCUCCCCAGCUCCCUGCCAGGACCAGAUGGGGCCCCUCCCAGCAGGGCAGCCUGGUUUUGAAGCCAGUUCACUCCCAACCCACAUAAAAGCAGCCUGAGCACCAUUUUUCACCUUGGCUGGUGGGAUGAGGGUCGCUCUGCUCAACCUCCACGUUGGGAUAGGCUAAGAGACACUUGGGAAGGUGCCAGCCACAGCCACAGCUGAUGCGGGGUUCCAGGGGCUCAGCUGCCCUUUUGCAUCACUCUGAGAGGGCAGGGGUGGGGACAGAGAAGGAGGUUGUCCCCUUGGUUUGGUUACUGACCACCACCCUGCCAAGGGUGUGGGAGUGUGGGAGGCCCCUGCCUUGCAAAGUAACUGCAAAGGUGCUGCUGCCAUCAGCUCCUCUCCCUGCCCUCAAGGGAUCAAUUUCCUGAGGUUAGCUAAAGGGGGGAAAAAGUAAUGCCAAACCCCUGGAAGCUGAUGAGGGCACAGUGCUUGCUGGAGGUGCUCCCAGUGCACUGGGGAGUCUUGGACAGGCUCUGCAGGAACUCUGUGCUGCUGGGAUCAGAGUGGUCAGCAGCCUCCUCCCUUGUGCUGCAGGGAUCAGAGUGGUCAGCAGCCUCUUCCCUUGUGCUGCUGGGAUCAGAGUGGUCAGCAGCCUCCUCCAUGCUCAGAGACCUGCCAGAUCUCUCACCAGGGAGAUGACCUAUGGCUGGGAAUCUCCUCCUUGCUUCUCAGUGCUUUUAUUUCCUAGGCAGCACCAACACAAGGAAGGAUGAACUAA